AUGUCGAGUUCGAAUUCAUUCUUUAUGAGAAAUGGAUCAACACCUUUUGAUCGAUUAAAUUUAUUGAAACAACAGUUUUCAAUCGACAAAAAUUUUUCACGUAUUCCUAAACGAACAUAUGAACCGCUCAACAAUAAUAUCAAAGAACGUUUAUAUGCAAAAAUGAUUAUUGAAUCCUAUGAUACAUGGAGUAAGUCGCAAGCAAUUGAAUUCUUACAACAGGUAUCAUCAACUGAAUCGAAAUUGUCAUUAAUUGAUGCUAUGAAAGAUAAAGUAGCAUUUAGUAUUAAAGAAAUAGAUGAACUUGUACCAUCAACAGACUCAUCAUCUUUUAAUAAUACUAAUUUAUCUUCAUAUGAUAAUAUUUCAUAUUUGGGUUUGCUAAUUCCACAACAACAAUCUCCUCAUAUUUUGACGUCGUUUAAUAAUGCUGCACAACCAACAAAAACAUCAUCAAAUACAACUAAACGAUCAUCAUUAUUACGUGGUUUAUUUGGACGAUAUUCAUCGAAACGAAGAGCACCCAUUGUUAAAAAAUCAAUCAAAAAUUUUCAACGAGAAAAUAACAAGAGAAGCAUUAGUGGUGGAGAUCAAGUCAAACUUUCACGUACGAAAUGCAUUUAUAAGAAACAACAAUUUCAAUCGAAACAUCCGUAUAAUAUUAAUAUUCAGGGUGACAUCAUUGCCAAUCAAGAAAAUAUUAAUAAGAAAAUGCAACUUUCAUUCCAAGGUUUACGUUAUGAUUUUAAGCAAAUAAAGGCUACAUCAACCGUCAAUUCACCAGAAAUAAAGCAAUUAUCAAAAGAGCCUUCAUUUUCAAUACCGUUUGCUAGUCAUUCAUCUUUCAUAAAAGAUAAAUCCAUAUCCUCUCUAUUUGAUCCAACAUCAAUACGAGAAAAUAUUAGUGAACAAAAACAAACUAUUCAAAGUGCACAUAGUAUUGGUGGUAUACCAAAAAUAAAAACUACUAACAGUACACUAGAGAAAAUAUCAUUCAAUGCUAAUCAACAUAGAUAUUAUGCACAAAUACCAAACUAUCAUUAUCCAAAACGUCUUUCAGCUAUUAAAAUACUUGCAAAGCAAUAUUCAUUACCAAUGGCUUCGCAAAAUAAUACGGGACUUUUCUGGUAUAGUGCUAAUCAACAAACGAUGGAUAGAACUAUUCCAUUUUCGAAACAUGAUAAUAUUUCUAAGAAAAAAAAUAGAUUUGAGUCAUCUUCCGAUAGUCGAGAUACUUCGUCAUCAUCUAGUUCAUCAUCAACUAAUGAUAGUACUGAGACAGCAACAACAAAGCGUACUUCUUCUAAUUCAUCAAGUUCAUCAACAACAUCCAGUACUCAAAAAACUAGCAAAUGUAAUUCAACUAGUUCAACAUCAGCUUCUCUAUCUGAACAACAAACAAUUAAUACAACUGGACAUUAUAAUCGAAAUCAAAACGAUAAAGAUGAUGAUUUCAUUCGAAUCGAUCUGAAUUCAAUCAUGAGUCGAACGUCGACAUCAACUAAGUAA